AGGGGGGUGUCGGUUUAACAGCGCCCGGCUGGCCCGGGAGGAGGAGCUGCCGCCUGCGCGUCUCAGGUGUAACCGGAGCCGGGAGGGCGCGGCGCAGCCACCACCACCUGCGGAACCUGUCGGGUGGCUCACAUCGGCUCGGCCGUCGCGCAGGCACCGCUCCCUCUCCUCCGCCCGCGCCCUCGGAGGACUCUUCCCCGGCCCCUCUGCCGACCCCAGCCAUGAAGCUGCUCUGCGGAGCUGCGCUCCUACUGCUGCUUUGCACCGCCGCUUGCGCCCAGAAUAACCCCUGCAUCUGCGAGAAGAACAAGCGUGUGACCAACUGCCGGCUGGAGAACGGCGUCUGCUGGUGCGAUUCAGUGGGCUCCGGCGUCUCCGUGGACUGCAGCAAGCUGACUUCAAAAUGCCUGUUGAUGAAAGCGGAAAUGAAAGGCUCAAAAUCAGGUCGUCGUGAGAAACCAAAAGAUGCGUUUGAAGAUACUGAUGGGCUUUAUGAUCCCGAGUGUGAAAAUACUGGCGUUUUCAAGGCAAAGCAGUGCAAUGGAACCACCUGUUGGUGUGUGAAUACAGCUGGUGUUAGAAGAACUGACAAACAUGAUGCAGACUUGAAGUGCGAUCAGUUAGUCAGAACAAUGUGGAUCAUCAUUGAAAUGAAACAUGCUGAGAGAAAUGCUCCACUGGACACUGAAUCUUUAAAGAGGUUCUUCAAGGAAACAAUUACCAGUCGUUACAUGCUGGAUGGACGCUAUAUAAGUAGCAUUCUGUAUGAAAAACCUUACAUUACUAUUGACUUGAAGCAAAACUCCUCUGAAAAAUCUUCUGGAGAUGUGGAUAUAGCUGAUGUGGCCUACUACUUUGAAAAAGAUGUAAAAGGUGACUCCAUCUUUCAUGAUAACAUACUAAACGUGAGUUUUGGUAAUGAAAGGCUCAGUUUUGAGAAGACAUCGGUCUAUUAUGUUGAUGAAAUACCACCGGAGUUUUCCAUGAAGUCUCUGACUCCUGGCCUCAUCGCUGUCAUUGUAGUAGUAAUAGUAGCAAUAGUUGCUGGAAUUGUUGUUCUGGUCCUCACAAGGAGGAGGAAAGGGAAGUACGUGAAAGCAGAGGUAAAGGAAAUGAAUGAAAUGCAUAGAGGGCUGAAUGCAUAAUAAAAUCGGCUGACAACAGAGUAAGAUUCAAAGACGAGACGACAGAAACAUUGGAGGCAUGGAUCUUAACUCUUUAAAGAUUACCCCUGAAAGGGAGGCAAAUAUGCUCACUUGAUGAUUGCUAAAACUCUAACAGCCAAGACUGGUAACCAUGCUACUAUUUUUACUUUUAUUUGAGAGUUAAAUCUUAAAUGCCCCAUCUUACUCAAGUCAAACUUAAAUACUGCUCCCUGAUUUUGUUUUUAUUAUGAUAAUUAAAUGAGUUGUCAACUGCUGUUACUAGGGUUUUGGAGCAUACAUGUUUAAAUGGUUAUUUUAGCCUUGUGGGAGGUUUAUGGAAGAUAAUGAUUUUUGUAGCCACGUUGUAACAAAAUGUCUCCUUAUAACUCAAUGUGAUGUUUUUAUGGCUGUUUGUACAUAUUUGAAGUUGUAACUUUUUUAUGACUUGAAUUAAUAAAACUUUGAAACAGG